AUGAUGGGCUUUUGGUCUAACCUUUUCAACAAUGCGGAGAAAGGCUUCUCUUUCUACCAAACCUACAAGACUUUUAAGAGGGAGCUUGAAGAUCUUUGGACAGAUAUCAAGAGUGGCGACGGAAACGCUCGUUGUAGAGCUGAAAUUGGUUGGCCUAGCUGUUGGUGCUUUGAAAACGCGAUCCUUGGAGUUGUUUCCACCGUUCUCAUUUUUCUUUUCUAUUUUGCACUAGAAUUUAUCGUGAAGCCACUUCGAAUCCCUUCUCGUUUU